AUGUACUCGGCGUCAUGGCACUCUUUCGAACUCUCCGGAGACCGGGUCUGUCUCAAACCAAACCUAUCGACUUUCAAAGAAUCACCACUAUCACAAUUAGUCGAGCUAGUUCCAGCCAUUGCUUGUAGUUGUGUCACCACCUGUUACAUCGUCCAGGAAGAAUCGUCUCUAGAGGAUCUCUCUAUAGAUGCCGAUUCUCCCGUCCAAUCUGUAUUUCAAAUAAUACGAUUCAUUUUCCCUGAACACGUAUCUCCGGGACUGGCGCUCGGCUCCUGCCUGGUGUUGGGAUGCUGUCUUUCUUCAUAUGUCCACCGGCGCCGAAACCAAGAUCAGUAUCAAGCCGUCAUCUUCUUAAUAUUUAUUACCUGGGCUGUCUGUAUCGGAUGGGGGAUAGGGGCGAGCGCCAAUAGGAUCACGCUGGGAAUCGUGCCGUGGGCGUCCUGCGCAGCUAUGGUCGGUAGCUUCUUCGGGCACGCCGGAGCCCGCUGGAUCUCGGGGAGAGAGAAGCGUGAGCGCGAGACGAUUUUUACUUCGAUCGACGAGAAAGAGCUAUAUUUUGGGCUGUGA